GGAUGUUGAUACAAAAAGCAGAUCCAGCAGCAGCGUAAGAUACCAUUUAUUCGUGCGCAAGUGGCUGGAGCCGUUAGUUUGAAAAUUACUUCCUCAGAAUGCAUUCCGAAUUCGGGUUGAGGAUAUUAGUGCUUUUUGCACUAUUUUGCAUUCAAUCUUCGGUAGCCCUCGAAUGCUUCCAAUGUGAUAGUAUUGAAACGUGUAAUGAAAACCGUCCUGCCGUAACUUGUAACGAGGAGAAUGUCAGUAAAACAGAAGUCAUGGCCAAAACAAUUUUCCCAAAUAUUCAUAACAACAUUACCGAGCCGGUCUACUGGUGUAUCCAUGCCCGAGUACUUAAACAUUCCACCGGAAGCGUCCACGACGUCAAAGGAUGCAUAAAGGAACAAUGGAUGGGUUUUUGCAACAACAAACCACUAGCUGCAGAUUUUAAACUGGAGGAAUGCUGGAGUUGCUAUACUGAACUGUGCAACGGCUCUCAACGAAGUAUGAUCGAUCUAUCCACCAGUGCAAUUCUUGUUGUUUUUGGAGGAUUGAUCACUACCCUACUGACGAAACAGUGAAUUGAAAAAGUUGCGAUUAAAUUGAAAUAUAAGUAACAAUAUAGUGUAUCGUUAACAUAUGAUGUCAUAAGUAUUCGACGUCAAUAUACAUUUAAAACAUAGAUUUUCUAGAACCACCGUGGCCAUUGUCUAUAAAAGGCAUUUUUCUUCAACACGAGUCAGAUUCGGGCUUUUUGCUAGUCGAACAGUCUCUUCAACACGACUCAGAUUAAGUUGGGAAUAAAGAGUGAAUAAAA